AUGAAACAAAUUUUAAAGUCAUUAUUAAUAUUUUUAAUAUUUUGGAUAAACAAUUUUUGUUUAUCUCAAAGAUCCUAUGUUUUUUUAGACUAUACAGAUCCAUCUACAUUAAAUACAUAUCCUCCAACAUCAAAUGAUGACCAAUGCAAAUAUUUUAUUAAAAUUUUAGUAUCAGGACAACUUCCUCCUGACUCAUUAGAUUUCGAUGGAAAUAAUAUAAUAUAUCCAAAUAUUGUAUUAGCCUCAAAUAAUGAAACAGCUUCUUUAUUCACUGUUAGUUUUAUUAGUGAAUAUGGGAAUUAUUUUAUAUCUUUAGGUGUAAAUCCUUGGGGAGAAAUCUCCUAUAAUUAUAGUUGUAUAGAAAUUGAUAAAUCAAAAAUAAAUGUUGAAACAAAUAAAUUAUAUUUUUCAGAGUAUACAAAUUUUGCAUCAUUUUUUAAAUUAGAUGGUUUAAUAUAUCCUUUGGAAUUAUCAUAUGAUCAGAAUUUAUAUUCAAUUUCAAGUUUAGGAAAUUAUUAUUAUUUAGUUAAAUUCAAAACAAUUGCAUAUAUUAACUCUCAAACGAAUCCAUGGAGAGUUGAUAUUUUAUUUCCAGGGUCAACAAUGAUAUCUAUUUUUUUUAAUGAUUAUAAUGAAUCUAUACCAGAAAUAGAUUCUCAAGAGAUUGUAGAUAUUCAGUUACGUCCAACAAAUGAAUUUUAUUCAGAGAUGGGUUUUCAACAUGGGCCAUUAACAACUUUCAAAUCAACUUCAAAAGCAUUACAAACUCAAUUAUUUUUUUGGGAUAUGCAAGGUUCAUUGCACUUAAUGGCAAAGCCAUUAUUUGGUAUACCUGGUAAUUUAACAUACACCGUUUUAACUUUUCCAUCUCUUCAAAAUAUAAAUUAUUCAUUAUCCUACCCAAAUAAUAAUAAUGGUUUUACAAAAGGUUUUGUUAAUUCUCUUUUAACAAAUGUUAUAUAUGGAGGUAGUAUUAAUGAUGGCGCUGCAACAUUAUCCCACUAUUAUGAUAACAGUUCACUGUUAAAUAUUUACAGUGGAGGUUAUUUUGGUUUAAAAAAUUAUAGUUCUAAAUAUUUUUAUUACAGUUUUCAACAACGUUCCUCAGAAGAAAUAGGAGUUAGUUUACCAUUUCCAUUUGGAUUUGUGUGGGGUAAUAACAGUUAUUACCAUAUGAAUGUUUCAAAGUUAUCAUCAUUAUAUUUAGCAGAUGAAUUUACUUUGAUUUUUAAAGAUCCUAUUACUGGUCAAGAGAUGAAAUUAGCCAAUAUUAUACCUGUUAAUAUAGUCACAAAUUAUGAUUUUCCUGAAAUAAUAAAUUUUCAAACGAUUGAUAUUGGUAAAUUCAAAUUUAUAGUAAGAAUUAAUAUAAAAUCACAAUGGGGUGUGAAUUUCUUUUCUAUUGAUCCAAUUGAACAAAUUAAAAUUAUUAUAAAUCAUGAACAUUUAAUUAGUGGUACAAUAUAUAAUGGAAUUUGGGAAUUUACACUUAAUGGGUUGAUUGAACAAUAUGAAAAAAUUACAUUGGUCACUUUAUGUGACAGCUUUCAUUUGUUUUAUUUUGGUGAUUUAUUCUCAAUUAAUUAUCCAUCAGAAACUAUAAAUUUACCAAAAACAAAAUUUAAGAAUUUCAAUUACAUUAAAGAUUUGAAAAAUAUUUCUUUCUUUUAUAAUAAUAUUUCAGCAACAAAUCAAACAAUUUCAAAUAUUAUGUUUUUAAAUUUUACAAAUAUUAAUGAUUAUAAAGAUCAAACUAUUGGUUUAAAUCUAAUAGAUUCGAAAUCUUUAAGAGAUUUAACCUAUGAUAGUUAUUUUGGAGCAGGUGGUAGUUUAAAUGACGCUCAACUAAAACAAUAUUAUUUUGCAGAGUUUGAUUCAGUAAAUAAUCAAUUCCAAAUUCGUUUUAAUAUACCUGCAAAUACAAUUCCAGGAAGAUUAGAUUUUGUAUUAUCAUUUUCAAACAAAGUUCAUAUAUAUAGUCCAUCUUUACCAAAUAGUUAUCAACUAUAUGUAUAUCCAUUAAAUAUUGAUAUACAAGGCCCAGUUUUUACAAAUAUUAUUAAAAAUCCAAAUGGUAAUUUAGGAUGGCUUGUUACAAUUGAAGACAGUGUCAAUGGUUUGGAUUAUGGUGUAAUUUCAGUUUAUGGUUUAAUUGAUAGCUCGACAUAUAACUUUACAAUUAAACCUUCAAAUGCGGUUAAAGGUGAUAAAUGGAAAGGAGAUUAUGAAAUUUAUCUUUCAAAUUCUAUUUGCAUUACACAAGAUUACAUAAUUAAAUUUGUACAACUUUUUGACACUCAAGGAAAUAGUGCUACCUUUAUAAAAUAUAUGGAUUUAUCAGAUUCAGGUCCUAUAUUUUUUAGAACUAUUACAAAUCCAUUCAUAUAUUUUUACAAUGAUACAAAUAUUAAUAAGAUUUCCAUUACUUGUAAAAAUGAAAUUUUUGGUUCAAAUUCUAUACCACCACAAUUAUUAUCAUUUUCUUCCUCAACAAGCCAAUUGGAUGUUGGAUUAAUCAAUAAAGUUGAUUUUGAUUUUGAUUCAUUUGAUGAUUUAGGUAUUAAAGAAAAUCAAUUCCCAAUUGUUUAUCUUUCAACAAGAAAAUAUGAAACCAUUCAAUGUAUUUCAAGAAACACUUCAAUUUUUGAUAAAUCUACAAGAUUUAGAUGUUCAAUUGAAAUUCCAAUUGGAUUUGGAUAUCCAAAUGGAAUUUUAUUAUCAGUGUAUGGUUUUAUAAAUAAUGGUGGUUAUUUUAGUGGUUUUUGUUCACAACAAUUACUUGAAAUGAAUUUUUCAAAUUUUAUCUCAACUAAUGGCACAUUUACACUUGAUCAACCAUAUAUUAAAAGUUCAAAUAAAAUUUCAAAUCUUGGAGGUAAUUUAUGGAUUUUUGGUAGAGGUUUUGGAGUGAAUUGUACUGUUUGGGUAAGAUAUAUUGAUGAUAUUGGUUUUAAUCAAUGUGUAACAACAACGAUUUAUUCAAGUUCAAUUUUAAUUGCAAGAAUUAAACCAACCAAUAACUCCUUUACCAUUGUAAUUAAAACUCAAUCUACAAAGUCAAAUGAAUUCAUCAUCAAUCCAAUUGGAUUUUAUUAUAAUUAUACUGCACCUACUUCACCUCCUUUACCUACAAAUCCACCAAAGAAAUGUUUGGGUAAUCCAGAAUGUGGUGGAAGAAAUAAUGGUUAUUGUAAUAAUGGUAUUGGAUGCGUAUGCUACACUCCAUGGUUAGGUGAAGAUUGUACUUCAAAAGUUAUUGUUAUUCCUCAACCAUCAACAAAUACAACAAACCCUACAACUGAAAUACCAAUUAAUGGAGGUAAUAAUACAAAGGAUAAUAAUCUAUAUAGAUCAUUAAUUUCAUUAGUAUCAUUAAGAGAAUUAGAUUUCAAUAAUAAACAAGUAAAAUUAUUUAAUUUUGAAAAAUGGGUAUAUUCAGAAAUUAAUAAUACAACAAACAAAUAUUUAACUACAAUCUCAAAUAAAAAUAGUGUUGGUGAAAUAGUUGAAACUAAUAUCACAGUAGUAUUACAAUGGUUUGAAAAGAAUGAUACAGUAAUAUUUGCAGGUCAAACAUUAAGAAUGAAUCCAUCAUCAAUUAAAUAUACAGUUAAUAUUACAAGUUAUUCAUUCGCUCAAAAUCUUAACCAUCUUCAAUUGAUUAUGUCUGCAUCAUUACAAUCCUCUAAAACUGAUGAUAUAUGCUCUUCAAAAUUAUUUGGUAAUACUAGCGAUGGCGAUAAUUCAAACUUUAUGAAACUAAAAGUAAAUGAUCAUUCAGUAUAUGGUAGAUUUAUUAAACGUGCUAUUGUUGAUAAUAAAAUUAUCUCUGUCGAUAAUAGUAUUUUAGAUGAUUCAAUAAAUCCAGAUUCAAAUUCUCAUAAAUCUGAAACAUUUAUUGGUAUCUCAAUUCCAUUUUAUAGUGAUAGUGUAUUGGUUGAUCCUGAUUUCUCUCUCCUUAUCGAUAAUAGUCCCGCAUCUUCAAAUGAUGAAAAUUCAAUUUGUGCAUCCUCUUCCUCAAAAUUAUCAAAAGUACAAAUUGCUGGUAUUAUAAUAGGUUCGGUUGGUUUUACUGCUGUGGCCAUAAUUUCAACUAUUUACAUUAUUAGAAAAAGAAAAGAACAACAAACAAUUAUAAACAAAAUGAAGAGAGUUAGCCAAUCAGUGAAUUAG